CAAAAGCUCCUCCCUGAGCCUGAAACAGCGACUGUGGACUUUUAUAUCUUUACGAGAGAAACAUUCAAGCACUCCUUUCUCUCUUCCUCUUCCUCUUCCUCCUCUUGAACACACCCUGUCACUGUGUGAGCGGAGGAUUCAGAGACAAAGCAGCAGGGAAGAAAACUUCAGACAUUAUAAAAGAUGCCACUGGGAGGAGGAAAAAAGUGCGGCCGCUGUCAGAAGGCGGUUUACUUCGCAGAGGAAGUUCUCUGCGGAGGACGGAGCUUCCACCAAAACUGCUUCCUGUGCAAGGAAUGUAACAAGUCCAUGGACAGCACCAACGUCAGCGUUCACAUGGACGAGAUCUACUGCAGGUCGUGCUACGGCAAGAGGUUUGGGCCAAAAGGCUACGGCUACGGUCAGGGAGCAGGAGUCCUCAACAUGGACACGGGGGAGUCUCAGAGUACGACACGAGACGAACCAGCUCCUCAUCAACCAACCAACAACCCAAACCCGUCCAGGCUGGCUCAGAAGUUCGGAGGCUCAGAGAAGUGCCCUCGCUGCGGCAAGUCCGUCUACGCUGCUGAGAAAGUGAUCGGGGCUGGAAGUUCGUGGCAUAAGAUCAAAUGUUUCACCUGUGCUACCUGUGGGAAGGGCCUCGAGUCGACCACACUGUCCGACAGGGACGGAGAGAUCUACUGCAAAGGAUGUUACGGCAAAAACUUUGGACCGAAGGGUUUUGGUUAUGGUCUGGGGGCCGGCGCUCUCACACACAGCCAAUAAAAAAAGAGCGGGGGGGAGGAGCCUGGGUGGUUCCCAAUGACCUGCUGCACUACUGCUGUCCUCCUGCAGAGGGCAGUCUGCUCGCAGUAAACAAGUGUAACACAGAGAGAGGAGAGGCUUAAAAGUGUUCAAACGCAAUCCUUAGACCACAUUUCAUCCAUAUUUACAGCUUUAAACGUCAAUAUUUAUGUAAACGAUUCAGUUUUUGUUUCUGAGCAGGGAUUAAUAUACAAAUAUCAACUAUUUUCAUCAUCCCUUCAUCAGUUUUUCAGAUUUUUUAUUUUUUUGGGACCAAACGAGUAAAUUUAAUUAAGAAAAAAGUCUGAUCUGAUUGUGUAAAUAAACAUGUGUUUAAAUUCAUUUAAAAUGACCGUUAUUAUUGUCACUGAAUUAUCACCAGGCUGCAGAAUUUGCUCUGAAUGCAACUUCCUUGUUAAAUAAAUGAUUUUUCGUGAUCGUGAUUCGUGAUUUCUUCUUCACUAAUAAAAUCUCAGUAGUAAAGCUUCA